AUCCUGCUGGCGGAGAGACGGCGCCGCUGUGGUUUUGGUUUUGCGGUAAACAGUGAGGGGAAGCUCACUUUCCCCCCGUGGCUGACAGGAUGGAUAAAACCCGGAGAGGCUGACAGCUUCGGUGACGCAGCAGAAAUUCACCGGCCCGGGACCGAGACUGCUGUGAGUCCAGAAGAGUGUCAGCCAUGGUGCAGGAGUACCAGUCCCCCGUGCGGGUCUACAAACAUCCAUUUGAGUUAAUAAUGGCGGCCUAUGUGAGGAGGUUCCCAAAGUGCCCACUGAUCCCAGUGUUUGUGGACAGUGAGAUCAUCAGCGAGAGCCUAAGCAAGGAUGGAUCCACGCUGGUCACUGAGAGGCGCUGCGUGAUCGACAUCGACGCCCCGCGGCUUCUUAAACGGAUCGCCGGUGUAGACUACCUCUACUUCAUCCAAAAGAACACUCUGAACCACAGGGACAGGACGCUGCACAUUGAGGUCCACAAUGAGACCUUUUCCAGCAGAGUCAUUGUCCGUGAGUGCUGCAACUACUCGGUGCAUCCAGAGAAUGAGGACUGGACGUGCUUCGAACAGACAGCUAGUCUGGAUAUGAAGUCCUUUUUUGGCUUCGAGAGCACUGCUGAGAAGAUAGCUAUGAAACAGUAUGCCAGCAGCAUUAAGAAGGGUAAAGAAAUUAUUGAGUACUACCUCAGAGAGCUGGAGGAAGAAGGAGUAACCUACAUACCUCGCUGGACCCCCCCUGCUGUCUCUGGUACUGCGAGGCCCCAGGCGCUGCCCUGCUCUGCUGCCAGAUCCAUCCCAGUGAACGGUGCUAAAGACACGGCCUGCCCCUCAGACCUGGUGGUUGGCUCUCCAGACGACAAGCUGGAUGCUGACUACAUCAGACGUUACCUAGGUGAUUUAACGCCUCUGCAGGAGAGCUGUCUUAUUCGACUUCGCCAGUGGCUCCAAGAAAACAACAAGGGCAAGAUUCCGAAGGAUCAGCAUGUACUGCGUUUCCUGAGGGCUAGAGACUUCAACCUUGACAAGGCCAGGGAGCUCUUGUGCCAGUCGCUCACCUGGAGGAAGCAACACAAGGUAGAUUUCCUGUUAGACACAUGGGAGCGCCCGCAGCACCUCCAGGACUAUUACGCUGGAGGCUGGCACCACCACGACAGAGAUGGCCGUCCUCUGUAUAUUUUGCGUCUGGGGCAAAUGGACACUAAGGGCUUGGUACGAGCCUUGGGAGAGGAGAUGCUACUGAGACAGGUCCUAUCCAUCAACGAGGAGGGACUGAGGCGUUGUGAAGAGAACACCAGAGUCUUUGGUCGACCCAUUAGCUGCUGGACUUGCCUGGUGGAUCUGGAGGGUCUUAACAUGCGUCACCUGUGGAGGCCAGGUGUUAAGGCUCUGCUGAGAAUCAUCGAGGUGGUGGAGGCUAACUACCCCGAGACUCUGGGUCGCCUGCUGAUAGUGAGGGCGCCCAGAGUUUUUCCUGUGCUCUGGACCCUGGUCAGCCCCCUGAUUGAUGAGAACACUCGUAAGAAGUUCCUUGUUUACGCUGGAAACGACUACCAGGGUCCUGGAGGACUGGUGGACUACAUUGACAAAGAAAUCAUCCCUGACUUCCUCGGAGGGGACUGCAUGUGUGACGUCCCUGAGGGAGGUAUGGUCCCCAAAUCUUUGUACAGAACAGCAGAAGAGCUGGAGAGUGAGGAAAACCGCCUGCUGACUGACUCCAUCUAUAAGAGUGCCAGUAUUUUCAAAGGAGCCCCAUAUGAGAUGCUGAUCGAGAUCACAGAGGCCUCGUCCGUCAUCACCUGGGACUUUGACGUGUCUAAAGGAGAUGUGAUUUUCAACAUCUACCACUCCAAGAGGGCCCCACAGGCUCCUAAGAAAGACACUCUCGGAGCCCAUGGUAUCACGUCCCUCGGAGCUGUUAAUGCCCAGCUGAUAGACAGGAGCUGGGUGCUGGGAAAGGACUACAGCAUGGUGGAGAAAGCCCUCACCUGCAGGGAGGGAGAGAGUGUGCAGGGCUCCCACGUAACGCGCUGGCCCGGCUUCUACAUCCUCCAGUGGCGCUUCCACAGCUCCCCAGCCGGCUCCGCCUCCAGCCUGCCCCGUGUGGAUGAUGUGCUGGCCUCGCUGCAGGUCUCCUCCCACAAGUGUAAGAUCAUGUACUACACUGAGGUGCUGGCCUCCCAUGAUUUCAGGGGAUCCAUGACGAGUCUGGAGUCAAGUCAUAGUGGUUUCUCUCAGCUCAGUGCUGCCACUACUUCCUCUAGCCAAUCACAUGCCAGCUCCACCAUCUCAAGGUAACAUCUGCUCAGCAGGUGUCAACGACAGCAGUGGCCUAAAACCUGCUGACAUCUUGCUUUGGCUGCACCAUUUGCCUUCAAAGAGAGGAUGUUUUUACUCAUACACUCACAUUAGAAUUUGAUCUGACAAUUGAAGGGGAGGAGAGUGGUCUGAAAAUGUUUUUAUAUCAUUAUUAUUAUUAUUUUAAUGGAUCAGUCAUGUUUCAUUGAUCUGUUCCUAGGGGAUGAUGUACUUAAAAUAUCAGUUUCCUGUUUUGUUGCCUGUGUUCAUAAGUGCCAUUCCAGAGGAGCGUCUGCCUUGCAUGUUCUUGAUUAAUAAAUGCAAGAGGAGAUGCCUGACAAACAGCAGCUUUUUAACACAGGAUUAAAUGAGAGAUGUACAAUGCACACAGAUUCUGUCCCUGAAAUUGCGUUCAUAUUCCACAAGAUGUCAGUGUACUCUGUGACUGGGACUGCUCUCAGCUCUGCAGUGUAUUUACAGUUUCACUCACACACUUUGUCUGGUUUUCUAAGAAAUCGAAAGGUGAAUUGUUUAAAUAAAGAAUUUAUCACAAGAAUUAAUAUUGAUGUAAAUCCAGAGUGUGUCUUUAUACUGAUUUGAUUUGAGAAACAAUGCAGAAGCAGACCUUUAGUGGUGGGGUAGUCAUUUUGAAUAAGUGUCGAGAUGGGUUAUUAGUCAUUUUACAGCAAUAAGUGAGAUGUUAAGAGUGAGCAGAUAAUAUGAAACCAUUUAAAAUAUGCAGUGCACUGUCUAGAUUUCAUGUAAUGUUGUUUUUGGGCUUGUUAGGCAUUGCUGCUGAGUUUUGUGAGGCAGAUCAUUUGAAUGCAAUAUCAUGCAGCCCCUUGUGAUCUGGCGCGGGGCCAAGCAGACAACUGAUUUGCAUAAAACUUUAAUUUCCAUAAACUUAUCAGAUGCUUCCA